AACGGACACAUUCUCCAUCUAACGCCAGAAUGACUUCUCCAGAUUUCAUCCGACGUGAUUGGGAGACUGUCCAUGGCUACCCCAUGGUUUAUGCCUUUGCACUAAACUGGGAAAGGAUUGAGCAGUUCCAAUGCAGGCCAGAAGAUGUUUGGAUAAUCACUUAUCCCAAGUCUGGUACCACAUGGGUGAGUGAAAUCAUGGACUUAAUUAAAAGUGAUGGGUCUGUUGAAAAACAGGAAAAAGCUCCAAUUGGCCAUCGAAUCCCAAUGAUGGAGUUAGCAGCUCCUGGGAUAAUUACUGCAGGUACAGAUCUUUUAGAAAAGAUGCCAUCUCCUCGAUUUGUGAAGAGUCACCUGCCAAUUUCCCUCCUUCCUAAGAAUUUCUGGGAGUGCAACUGCAAGAUAAUCUAUGUGGCUCGGAACGCCAAGGAUGUGGCAGUCUCCUAUUACAAUUUUGACAGAAUGAACAAGUUCCACCCAGAGCCAGGCACAUUUGCUGAGUACCUAGAGAAAUUCAUGUCUGGGAAUGUGGCCUACGGCUCCUGGCAUGAACAUGUCACAAGCUGGUGGGAGAAGAAGAAAGAUCACCCCAUACUUUAUCUGUUCUAUGAGGACAUAAAAGAGGACCCGAAGAGAGAAAUUCGGAAAGUGAUGCAAUUCCUAGGGAAGAAACUGGAUGAAGCAACCUUGGACAGAAUUGUCCAACACACCUCCUUUGAAAAUAUGAAAGAUAACUUGAUGGUGAAUUACAAGUCAUUACCAACUACCUUGAUGGAUCAUAAUAUCUCUCCUUUCAUGCGCAAGGGGAUUGCUGGUGACUGGAAGAACUACUUCACUGUGGCACAAAAUGAGAUAUUUGAUGCAGAUUAUGAGAAAAAGAUGAGUGGAACAACACUGAAGUUCCGCACUGAAAUCUGAAAAAAAAAAGG